UCUUAACUAUGUAUAAUUAUGGCAGUUAACUUCAGCAACAAAUCUUAAAAUCUGCUGAGUAAAAGGUAGUAAAUUAACUGUUUUAGUUAAACACCAUUGCCUUCCCCUUACACUCGGUUUCUUUACACAGUUUCCCAAAAGAACCAUUCAUCCCUCUAAGAUUAAUGGUAUUUUUCAUUGAGGAGGAAUCCAAAGAGUGAAGAAGCUUAUGGGUUUUUUCUUCUUCUUUUUUUCUUCUCUGAAAUCUGAAAGUUACGAGAUUUUGUGCAUUUAAUAAGUACAUAAAGAACAUAAUCUGUAAAAAACUUUAGGGGAAAGGAAUAUUUUUCCUCGGAUUGGUGGCUUAGGAUGUGUCAAGAAAGCUGAUCUUUUUGGUACUUGAAAUUUUCAUGAAAAAAAAAAGCUUCCAUCAACUCACCCUUUAGGGUUUUAAACAAAGAAAUCGGGUUUCGGGCUUAGCCCCCAAUUUUGUGCUGACCAAGAGCAAUAAGUGUAUAAUUGGUUGCCGUUUUGGGUUUUUUUUUUUAAUUUAUUAGAUAGCUUGGUUCUUCUAGAUGUUAUCAAUGUCUGAAAAAGGCAUCUUUCCCUCAAGGUUUCUUUUCUGUAUAAUAACCAUUUCCAUGUUUCUUUUGAUCCUUUCUUCUGUGUUCCUUCUGCAAUUUGGCAAUUCAUCUCUUAUACCUCACUCUGUUUUCAAAUUAAUUCUUGUCAAUGGCACGGUUUACUUGAAAUCAAAUGUCAAAAAUGAGCUAAAGUUACCCUUCUUCUCAUCUGAGUCUUCAAAAGUUGAUGCUCAAAAACUGGUAAGAAGUGGGGAUUCUAGUUGUCAUAAGUCCGGUUACAGGAAGAAAAUGUGCGCUUACCGGCACCCAACUAUUGAGUCCUGUGACACCAAUCAGGCCCUUUUAAGGGUAUAUAUGUAUGACCUGCCUUCUGAAUUUCACUUUGGAUUGCUGGGUUGGAAAGGAAAAUUGAAUCAAGUGUGGCCUGAGGUAAACGAUCCGAGUAGAAUUCCGUCAUACCCUGGAGGGUUGAAUCUGCAACAUAGCAUCGAGUACUGGCUUACCCUAGAUCUUCUAUCUUCGAACACACCGAAUGUGGUCAGACCUUGCGCUGCAAUCAGAGUCACAAACUCGAGUCAAGCAGACAUAAUUUUUGUGCCAUUCUUUGCAUCUCUUAGUUACAAUCGGCAUUCCAAGCUUCGAGGAAAGGAGAAAGUUAGUGUUAAUAAAAUGUUGCAGAAUAAAUUAGUUAAGUUCCUGACUGCGCAGAAUGAAUGGAAGCGAUUUGGGGGGAAGGACCAUGUAAUUGUGGCUCACCAUCCAAAUAGCAUGUUGGAUGCAAGAGGGAAACUUGGCUCUGCAAUGUUUGUGCUUGCAGAUUUCGGGAGAUACCCUUCUGAAAUAGCAAACAUUGAGAAGGAUAUAAUUGCUCCUUAUAGGCAUGUCGUGAGGACGAUUCCGAGUGCUGAUUCAGCUCCAUUUGACAAACGCCCAAUAUUAGUCUUUUUCCAAGGAGCUAUAUACAGGAAAGAUGGAGGUGCGAUUCGGCAAGAACUUUAUUACCUUCUCAAAGACGAGAAAGAUGUACACUUUACAUUCGGCACAAUUCAAGGGAAUGGAGUCAACCAGGCUGGGCAUGGGAUGGCGUCAUCCAAAUUCUGCCUCAACAUUGCUGGUGAUACACCUUCUUCGAACCGUCUUUUUGAUGCUAUUGUCAGCCAUUGUGUUCCUGUGAUUGUAAGUGAUGAGAUUGAGCUACCAUUUGAAGAUGUCAUCGACUACUCGGAAAUUUGCAUUUUCGUUCGUGCAUCGGAUGCUGUGAAGAAGGGAUAUCUACUGAACCUUCUCAGAGGAAUAUCGAGAGACCAGUGGACCAAGAUGUGGGAAAAAUUGAAGGAAACCGUUCGGCACUUUCAGUAUCAGUACCCGUCCCAGCUUUGCGAUGCGGUGGAUAUGAUUUGGGAGGCGGUUGCACGUAAGGUCCCUAUGGUACAAUUAAAAACUCAUAGGGAGAAUAGAUAUCGCAGAUCGGAGCGGAUAAAAUAAGCAACGACUCGAAAGGUUGAGAUGAUGUAACCUUCCAUUCUAUGGAGAUCAACAGAUUUACAGCUUGUUGUACAUUUUUUUUAAACAUUAAAAUGAAAAAAAAAAACAUGGUUUUGUUGA